AUGGUAACUUGGCCUACUAGAUGUAAUGACACAAUUUUUAUUUGUAUGUUCAUCAAAAUUAUUCUUGUAAAUACUAUGGGAUCUUUCUUAAAAACAGCCAAUAUUUUCUCAUGUUGUAAACCAUAUUUACAUGGUACAUAUUGUAUUAAUAUGAAUGUUAUUUUAAAUUCAUUCAGGAGGCAUUCUAAUUGCAAAUUUAAAUAUAGCCCUGAAGUGGAAGCUGCCAUCAACAAACAAAUUCAAAGUGAACAAAAUGCAGCAUUUAGCUAUCUGAAUAUGGCUACCAUCUUUCUUCACCCAACUAUUUCAUAUCCUGGUGUUGGUGGAUUUUUUAUGAAAAUGUAUGAAGAAGAGCUACAUCAUAUGAAAAUUCUUAUCAACUAUCAAAUAAUCCGUGGAGGUAUCCCCAUUUUAAAUUUUGGAGUUGUGGACCCAGUUGAUCCAAAUAUGACACUGGUUGAAGCUUUCAAUUUAGCUCUUGAAAAAGAGAAGAAAGUAACUGAGGAAUUGAAAAAUAUAGUAAACACUGCUGAAGCAUCAGAAGAUUAUCAAUCUGUGGAACUUAUCACAUCAAAGUUUCUGCUCGAGCAGGCAUAUGCUAUGAAUGAUCUAUCUCAUUAUAUCACAAAGCUGAAAAGACUCUGUGAUGAUAAAGAUGCACUCUACCAGUUUGAUUUAAAACUCGGCCAGCUGUACCCUUAUUCAUUAAAAAUCUGAUUCUUGAAGUUGGGAACAUAAGAAAAUCAUAUUAAUUUUUUAAGACUUUU